UGCCCUCCACUUCGCUCUCCCAAGUCGGUGGGCUGCCGGCGGCGGACUUUCUGGGCACUUUUGGGGAGGCCCCCGCUUUUCGGAUCAAACUGCUAUGAAUUUGCCAUUAUGAUGAUAGAUUGCAUUGUGGGUGUCAAUUUAAAGUGACGGCCAUAUUUGCCGGUGCUGCUGUAAACAACAAAAAGUGUCUGAGAGAGACAGAGACGCUUCAGUGAAUUUCAGGACAUUUUCAUUUCUUUAAUUUAUAAUGUCUCUGGGAAUGUCUUAUAAACCCAACCUCCACGCGCACAUUCCUGGGACGGCCGUGAACCAGGUCGGAAAUGUCCAUUCUCCUUCUACAAGCCUAGGCGUUUCAGCGCAGUCCUACAGACCUUUGGUGAAUGAUUACGGACCACCAUCUCUGGGUUUUUCACAGGGGAACAGCGGUAACCAAGUACCUCAGAGUAAAUAUGCAGAACUCUUAGCAAUUAUUGAAGAGCUAGGCAAAGAAAUUAGGCCCACAUAUGCAGGGAGCAAGAGUGCCAUGGAGCGGUUAAAACGAGGUAUAAUCCAUGCAAGAGGAUUAGUACGGGAGUGCUUGGCAGAAACUGAAAGGAAUGCAAGAUCAUAGCUAAUUCUUACAAUAUUUGAAACUUAAAACAACAA